AACAAAAAACAAAACAAAAAACAACUAUAUUUCAAAGGAUUUAUUGAGCACUCACUUGACCAGUCAUUCACUGAACAGGAAUCAUUAACAUGUACUACGCCAGCUGCUUGUUGAUUGUGAUCUUAAUUCACAUCCAUGAACGUUUGGGAGAAAUCAUCAAACUCAUGGAAAGAACAUCAAAUCCCGUAAGGGCUACAAUUCAAAUAAGAACCCAAAGGAGCAAAUCUCAAAGGACGAGAUAUAGCACACUCACCAUACCCGAACCAUCCUUAUCAGAUUCUGAUUGUGAAACAAUCCUGACACCUUUAAGAAGACCAUAUCAGGACACCAUGAGGAGAAUGAACAGGUUUUUGAACCAUGUUCCCAACAGUGAUGUAAUGCCGCCUCUGGAACCCACAGGGAAACUAUCAACAAAUGACAUCCUAGCCCAUGAAAUGGUCAACAGGGCAAGGUCAAGGCUAAGUAGAUAACUUUUUAAAUUGUAAAAAAAAAAAAUCAAUAAAAAAUUUGAUAACCAAACAUGUAUCUUUUUAGUUGGAAUGGAUAAGCUAGGCAUAACAAGUUUUUCACAAUUCUCUUAUUAGCGUUUUCCUCGAUACGAUUUCUCAUGUAGGAAUAAAGUCUCCCCUCAAAUACUUCCAUUAUAAAUUGGCACGAUACUGUGUAACCUAUAGGGGUAUGACCAUUUGUAAAUACACACGAUCUGUCGACAACUUUUUACGCUCGAUUUCGACGGAAUCGUAGGAUUUCCAGGAGCUUAAAUGUACUCCACACAUGAAACGGGCGACUUUAUCGCUGUGUCAUGAAUAAAAAAAAUCCGUUACGGGCGAGUUCGUUUGGAGUCUGACGUAUUUGUUGGGACCAGUUUUGGACUUUUUCAAUCGAUCCUCACAUUUCAUCAUAGACUGAUGUAUUGGUCGUAUGUGAUAUGAAGUAUGACGGAUACAUUCUGUCGUAAUAAUUGACAUGUCAAUGUAUAAAAUCGCUUAUACACUGUAAACUUUCCGAUAGAAACAGUAUCUUUAUAAAAUACUCUCCUGUUAUUUGUAUACUCUUCCCGUCUACUUUUAAACAGAUCUUCAGCUCACCUUUGACUUUUUUCACGAUGAUUUCUUGCGUAAUUCCGAGACGACAGUCUACUUUACUUGUCAGUGUGAGGUCAUCCGUGGCUAUCCGAUUGAUGAUCUCUUGAGCCAUUAGUGGUGCCUUCAAAUGUCUGCCUGGUAUAUAUACAAUGUCGCCCUCGCCGUGGACAUGCAAAAAAGGGGAGGUAUUACCUGUUGUGACUUGUUUAUUUUAAGAACGGUCUGUUAAAGCUUUAAAUGAACUCUUAAUCUGAAACAUACUUUCCCUGAUCCUCCCUUUACAUUCAAGGUAUACCCUUCACACGUGGGCGGUCUUUCCAAGGCUACCCCUUAGGCUAUACAUUCCAAUGAUGUCACGGUGUUACCGGUGUUAGAU